AGUGCAAUCAACUGCAAGUUAUUAGUACUGUUGAUGUUUGCGUUAAGAAAUUAGUAACGUGGUUUAUUGAGUGCUAAUAUUUGUGCUUUGGUGUUUACCAAUUACUCGGGAAAAUGGUAGCCAUGGGAUAUCAAAAGAUUUUCGAAAGGCACACCUUAAAAACGGAAGUACAUUCUCGAGAUGAUCGGUGCAGAUUUGCCUUGGUCAUUGCCACAACAUGGGAAUAAUGAGUGCCACAAGAAGUGCCGACUUUGUCAAAGACUAUCACCGGGGGAGGGUGCAGAAAAAUUUUCCACCAUGGGGGCGAUGUUCAGGAGUGAGGAGAUGGCUUUGUGCCAAAUGUUCAUACAGCCAGAGGCAGCAUAUACUUCGGUUUCAGAAUUAGGAGAAACUGGAACAGUACAAUUUCGUGAUUUAAAUGUUGACAUCAAUGCAUUCCAACGAAAAUUCGUUCAAGAAGUACGUAGAUGUGAUGAAAUGGAACGUAAGCUUCGAUAUAUCGAGGCGGAAGUUCGUAAGGAUGAAGUGACUAUAGUAGAACUUGUAGAAGACAUACCACGAGCGCCGAACCCUCGUGAAAUAAUCGAUCUUGAAGCGCAUUUAGAAAAGACGGAAAAUGAGAUUCUAGAACUCUCACAAAAUGAGGUCAAUCUCAAAUCCAACUAUCUGGAACUGACGGAACUCCGAAGAGUGCUGGAGAAUACGCAAAGCUUCUUCUCAGAUCAAGAAGUAUUGAACGUGGAUUCAAUGCGAAACGUUGUAAUGCAUGAGGACACUCCAGGUGCCACGCAAGCUGCUGGCCAGAGUCGCGGAAGGUUGGGAUUCGUGGCUGGUGUUAUUCAACGUGAAAGAGUGUUUGCCUUCGAGCGUAUGCUUUGGAGAAUUUCACGUGGUAAUGUGUUCCUUCGUCGUGCCGAGUUGGAUGAACCUUUAAAGGAUCCAUCUACUGGUCAUCCAAUCUACAAGACUGUCUUCGUCGCAUUCUUCCAAGGUGAGCAGCUGAAAAAUCGCAUAAAGAAAGUGUGCAGCGGAUUCCAUGCCUCGCUGUAUCCGUGCCCAAGCGCUCAUAGUGAACGUGAGGAAAUGGUGAAGGGCGUAUGCACGCGGUUGGAAGAUUUGAAACUAGUCCUGAACCAAACCGAGGAUCAUCGUAAGCGGGUACUGGUCAGCGUUGCCAAGGAGCUUCCUAAUUGGAGUAUUAUGGUGAAGAAGAUGAAGGCUAUCUAUCAUACACUCAACUUGUUCAAUAUGGACGUGACCAAGAAGUGUCUGAUAGGAGAGUGUUGGGUUCCAGUGAACGAUCUUCCGAUCGUACAAAAAGCUUUAUCCGACGGAUCGGCGGCGGUUGGCAGUACCAUUCCCUCAUUUCUAAAUGUGAUCGAUACUAAUGAGCAGCCUCCAACAUUCAACCGUACGAACAAAUUCACUCGAGGAUUCCAGAACUUGAUUGAUUCCUACGGUGUCGCUACCUAUCGAGAAGUCAAUCCAGCUUUGUACACUAUCAUCACGUUCCCCUUUCUGUUCGGUAUUAUGUUCGGUGAUAUGGGACACGGUUCCAUUCUAUUCCUAUUUUCGUUGUGGAUGGUCAUCAAGGAGAAGCAAAUGGCUCAGAAGAAGAUGGGCGAAAUCGCAAGGAUUUUCUUUGGUGGUCGCUAUAUAAUCUUGCUUAUGGGCAUGUGUGCUAUGUACACGGGAUUCAUGUAUAACGAUUUGUUUUCAAAAUCAUUGAAUGUGUUCGGAUCAAAAUGGCGGAUCAACUACAAUGCAUCCACGAUUAUGAGCAAUGCCAAUCUACAACUGAAUCCAACAAAGGAUGCUUUACGUGAUAUUUAUCCAAUGGGUACAGAUCCAAUUUGGCAGCUGGCGACUAACAAAAUUAUUUUCUCCAAUUCGUUCAAGAUGAAGUUAUCCAUUAUAUUCGGUGUAAUUCACAUGUUGUUCGGUGUGUGCCUGAGUGUUGUAAACGAUCUUCAUUUCCACCGACCUAUUAAUAUCCUCUUGGAGUUUGUGCCACAAAUCGUUUUCUUGUUGCUCAUGUUCGGUUACAUGGUAGUUAUGAUGUUCAUGAAGUGGAUUAUGUACAACGCCUGGUCAGGAACUCCACUAGCCGCCAGCCAAGGAUGCGCUCCCUCAGUACUCAUCAUGUUUAUUAACAUGGUCCUGUUCAAAUCGGAAGCACCAGCACAUGGAUGCGACGAGUACAUGUUCAACAACCAAAAACUCGUUCAAACUAUUUUCGUGCUCGUGUCAUUGCUUUGUAUACCAUGGUUGCUUCUGGCUAAACCAUUCUACGUUAUGUGCACUAGACGCUCUCCGAAACAUCCAAAGUACAAUGGUGACAUCAAUCAAGGAAUGGAACUGACACCAGAAGCCAUAGAAGAUGGAGAACCAAGAACAUCGAAUGCAACAGGUGAAGUACGUCAUGGCUCUGCUGAUCACGAGGAGGAGGAAGAACCGAUAAGCGAAGUUUUUAUUCAUCAAGCUAUCCACACUAUCGAAUAUAUUCUCAGUACUGUCUCUCACACGGCAUCAUAUCUCCGGCUGUGGGCCUUGUCAUUAGCUCAUGCUGAACUUUCCGAAGUAUUGUGGAAUAUGGUCUUGUCCUUGGCCCUUCAGAUGUCCAAUCAAGCUGUGUGCAUCAUAGCUAUCUUUAUCCUGUUCGCUGUAUGGGCCGCUCUAACCAUAGCUAUUAUGGUGUUAAUGGAAGGAUUAUCAGCCUUCUUGCACACUCUAAGGUUGCACUGGGUCGAAUUCAUGAGCAAAUUCUACAAAGGUGAAGGUUACGCUUUCAUGCCUUUCAGUUUCAAGGUGAUUCUAGAGUCUGAUGAAGAAGCAGACUAAAAACUGAUAUCGUCGAAAUAUAACUAAAGCAAUAAAAGUGUCAAA